AUGGCCGCUCUCGACAACGAGAAGCUCGGCCUUGUGUUUGGGGCUCGUCCCGACAUCCUCGAGGGGAUCAAACAAGCUGCAGAUACCCCAGAACGGAUCACCCUCUUCAACUCGAUCGCAAGCUUCGUCUCCGACCAACAAGCUCACGACCCCUCAGUCGAGCCUAGCGCAAAACGAAGACGGGUCGAGGGAAACGAUGGAGCAGUCGGCGAGAAUGGCACUAUAAGUGAACACGGCAUGUUGCCACCACCCACACAAGCGGCCGUCACCGGAACACAGCAAACACCUGCCGUUGGCGCUGGUGCCGGCUCCUUGCUGAUUGAUAUGGCAAAUGCAGCGGCCAAAGAGGUCAUAUUGCUCGAGGUCAAGGAGAUCAGCGUAGCUAUUCCCCAGCGGAAGAAGUACGACCUGUGCUUCACCAAGAAUUAUCUGUACACGAAGCAGGUUGGCACAACAACACCAGUUCAAGGGAUGGUGUAUGACUGGAGUCAAAUAGAAUUCGUCUUCUACACACCCAUUCCCGAGAAGCAACAAUUACAUUUCAACUACAUCCUCUUCCCGCGCAACACAGCUCUCGCUUCGACGAAAUCGUUCCCUCCGGCCGACUUCGAACCACUCGUCUUCUCCGUGCCCACCAGCUCGCCAAAGCCAGGCAUCGUGGGGGGCUACGCAGCGCAGACCGCAUCCCAGGUGUCCGACAGCUACACCUCCCUCAUGCACUGGGCUAUCAACAGCCAGCUGCAGUCUGUUAACAAUACGACGGCCGCGAUCGUGGGAACCGACCCGCGGGUGUUUUUCAGCGCAGUGCGGCAGCCACACCGUCCGAAAGAGAGGGCUGUGUACAUCAAGGCUUUCAGGGGCAGCAAGGAUGGGUACCUGUUCUUCCUGCCCAAUGGUAUACUGUGGGGGUUCAAGAAGCCAUUGCUCUUCAUCCCGCUCGACAGGAUCAACGCCGUGUCAUACGUGAAUGUGCUGCAGAGGACGUUCAACAUGGUGGUGGAAGUCGACGUGUCACACGCACCUCAGCAGGAUCAGUCGAAGAUUGGAUCUUCGGGUGCCAAUUGGGAAGAAGACGAAGGUCCCAAGACCGAGGAGAUCGAGUUCGCUAUGAUAGACCAAGAAGAUUAUAGCACCAUCGACGAGACCUACGUAAGGCAGCACGGGCUGAACAACCGCUCCAUGGCCGAGGGCAGGAAGGCAAAGCGACAGCUUCGGGAGAAUUUCAAGGGUGAUCCCGCCGGUGCUGACGAUGCCGCUUCUGGCACAAAUACGAAUGGGGAGCAGCUUGGGGACAACCUCACACAGCUUGCCCUCGCCGAACUCGGGGAUGAGGACGAGGAUGAGGAGGACGAGGAAGACUACGACCCAGGCUCUGAGGGAGAGAGUGAGGGUGAAGGUGACUCCAGUGAAGAGGACGAUGAAGAUGAUGACGACGACGAGGAAGAUGACGAGGAGGCAGACGGCUACGACGAGGAAGGCGGUGAAGAGGAAGGAUAUGUUGAGGACCACGAGUGA